AUGGAUGUCUUUAAGAAAGGUUUCUCCAUCGCUAAAGAAGGUGUGGUGGCUGCUGCAGAAAAGACCAAGCAGGGAGUGACGGAGGCUGCGGAGAAGACUAAAGAAGGGGUGAUGUAUGUAGGUACCAAAACCAAGGAAGGUGUAGUGCAAAGUGUUACCUCAGUUGCUGAGAAGACCAAAGAGCAGGCCAACGUGGUGGGAGAAGCUGUGGUAGCCAGUGUGAACACAGUGGCAAACAAGACUGUAGAAGGAGCAGAGAACAUUGUGGCCACUACAGGAGUUGUGAAAAAGGAGGACCUGGCUGUGCCGCAGCCGCCCGAGCAGCCGGGGGCGGCAGGAGAGGGGGCGCCGGCAGCAGGCACAGGAGGUGGAGGAGAGGGUGAAAAUGAAGGCAAUUAA